UCAUUAAACACAAGCAUUAUCAAUUCAGCCACCAAAGCUCUCUAAAUUUCUUAUUGACUUUCUUGUUUUCUGUCUUCCAGAAAACAAAAAUGGCAAUGAUCAGUACCAAGAAGCUCAUCAAAAUGGCUAGGAGAUGGCAGAAGUUUGCAGCCAUGCAGAGAAAGAGGAUUUCAUUUCCAAGAAAUGGUAGUGAUGCGGAGAGUUGCAGUACAUCCUCAUCGGCUAUUGUUGAAAAAGGCCAUUUUGUAGUCUAUACAAUUGAUCAAGCACGCUUUGUCAUUCCAUUGGCUUAUCUUGAAAAUGAGAUCAUUAGGGAACUUCUAAACAUAUCUGAAGAAGAGUUUGGGCUGCCGAGUGGCGGUCCUAUUAAAUUACCCUGUGAUUCAGCCUUCAUGGACUACAUCGUUUCACUAAUAAAGAAAGGCAUAACUGCAGGAGAUCUCCACAAAGCAUUGCUCCUAUCAAUUACUUCAUGUUGUUGUUCGACUUCUACUUUGCACCAAGAAAGUGGAAAUCAGCAGAUUCUUGUUUAUUGAGUCAAGGCCAACAUUCUUUUUGUACAUGCUAGCUCAAAGAUAUUUUCUUAGAUAGAACGGAGAUUGAAGAGUACACAAUUGUAAAGCACGUCAUAUAUACAUGGUAUACUUUAUUAUCAGAAAAUUUUACC